UAUGGAUGUUCUCUUGUACAAGUUACAAUCCAAACCACUAAACAUCAAAAAAGUCGUCUCUCUCUCUCUCUUAACGCCAAAGCAUCAACAGCUUCUCCAAAGUGAUCACUUGUGUUGUGUCUCUCUUUCCCCAUUCGAUCUAAUUGAUGGGUUCGAUGUUAUGUGGAGAGAAACCUCCAUCUCUGAUGAUCUAAAUCAAGGAUGUCCCAAGCUGAUGUCUCUUACAGCUGUGGAUCUUGUGGGUACCCUCUGAACUUAACAUCUUCCAAUCGUAUCACUUCCGGGAUAGGUUCCGAGUAUCGGAAAUCCAUUAAGAAAGGUUAUGGAUAUGGAGACUCGCAUGCUCUUUGUGGAUUUGACUCACCCACCUCGUCAAGCUCUUAUAAAAAAUUCAUGAUAAAGAUCCGAGCUUUACAGCCUUCAGAAGAGUGCUAACUAAGUUGAAAUGGAACAUGGUUCUAGAGACGGUCCUGCCUCCAUUAUGCACCUUCCUGAUGAUUGCCUAUACUUUAUUUUCCAAUGGCUUGACUCUGGGUCUGAUCGUGAAUCUUUUGGCUUGACUUGCCGUCGUUGGCUUCAUAUUCAGAAUUCAAGUCGUCAAUCCUUGCAGUUUCACUGCUCAUUAAGCCUACCCAACAUUCCCUUAUUAUGUCAGACUAGCAUGAGCAUUAAAUCUUUCCAUCUUUGUAGGUUGCUCAAUCGUUUUCGCCAGCUUCAGUCUUUGUCCUUGUCUGGGUGCAUGGAUCUACAUGAUUCAGGCUUAACUCAAUUGCAAUGUUAUGGCUCAAAUCUGCAGGCACUUUAUUUAGAUUGUUGUUUCGGUAUCACCGAUAAUGGGCUUUCCUUGGUUGCCGCUGGCUGUCCUUCAUUGACACUCAUUAGUCUCUACCGGUGCAAUGUCAGUGACGUUGGGUUAGAGAUUUUGUCUAAAUCUUGCUUGGCUUUGAAAGAUGUGAAUCUUUCAUAUUGUUCACAUAUAUCUGACCAUGGAAUAAGAGCUAUUUCACAACAUUGCUGUCAGCUUCGGGCCGUCAGAAUUUCUUACUGUAGAAAUGUCAGCGGUGUUGGCUUUAAAGGGUGUUCUCAAUCUUUAACUUAUUUAGAAGCUGAGUCUUGCAAGCUUGAACCAGAGGGUAUAUUGGGUAUUUUAAGUGGAGGUGGGCUCGAGUAUUUGAGCAUGUCUAGUCUAAGCUGGUGCAUUCAUGGAGACGGGUUGGCAGCUAUUGGUGCUGGAUUUGCCACAAGGCUUAGAAUCCUUAAUUUUCGAUUGUGCAGAACUAUUGACGAUGAGUCUAUUGCAGCGAUUGCAAAAGGGUGUCCUUUACUGCAAGAGUGGAACUUGGCAUUAUGUCAUGAGGUUAGGAUAUCAGGGUGGGAAUCAAUUGGGUCAAAUUGCAACAACUUGGAGAGGCUUCAUGUGAAUAGAUGUCGGAAUUUAUGUGAUAAUGGGUUUCAAGCAUUGAGGGAUGGCUGCAAGCGUCUCUCUGUCUUGUACAUCAAUCCGCGUGGUCGAAUUUCUUCAACAUCAAUCGAGUUGUUCAAAUUGUUAAGAGGUGAUGUGAAGAUCAAAGAAGAAGAAGUAAUGUGCAUUGCACCUAGUUGGGCUUUUUAAUUAGGGAAGGUGAUAAGUAAGCAAUGCUGAGUUUAAGCUCCAAUUUGAUGACAGCAAAGCUGGAUGAAGAUGUACAUGUACCGCUCAAGGAGUGGCAAUUUCUUCAAUAAGUGGUUAGGUCCUACUCAUUUUUAAUGUUCUGUUGAUGCAUCUAUAAACAUCAAUUGUUGAGACACAAUGUUCUUCAGGUAAAUACCCUUUCGUCCAUUUUCCAACAAUCUGCUACAUGAAGUAAAGUCAAUUUUCAUCAAAUAUGCAAUGUUUCAUGUAUUUUUUUUUAUAUAAUUUUUUUUUAAGCGCAACCAGAUACUUGACAAACCAGCAAAGCCUACAUGUAUGUACUGAAGGUAGAUUGUUUCUUGGUUCAAUACUCGAAAUAUUAAAACCAAACUCCCCGAUUUUUUGUUCCAAUCCCUUUCACUUUCUUUUGUUUUCUUUUUUUUUUUCAUUGAAUAAUGAGAUCGUUCCUUGGCGCCA